CUCCUUGAUCAAGGGUGGACUGCAGCUCAGUGGGACGAAGUCCAGAGCAGAGGAGCUAUAUAUUGCUAUACCCCCGGACAUCAGCAUUGGCAUCAUCAUUAGACAGAUAGACAGCUACCGCCAUGACGAUUUACCAGCAUAUAUGACAACAAGAUGAUUUAGUAUGACAGCAGAAAGAUUAGGCAUAUUAUCAUUAAAUAUUAUAAUAUACACCAAACAAAAGAAAUGGGACAUUUCACCAAGUUUCUUCUUUUACUAUGGAAAAACUAUGUAUUACAAAAGCGGAAGAAGAUUGUGACCAUUCUAGAAAUAGGUAUUCCAACUGUGUUCUCCUUGAUCCUGAUAUUUGUGCGUCUGCGAGUAGAUGGCCAGCAAGUCCCAAAUCCUGUUACUUGGACAGAAUGCACAGCCUUUAGGGACAUUGACUUCAUGCAAUUACCACAUAAGGUAGCUUAUGCUCCAAACAACAGUGUGACUCAUGCCAUCAUCCAGAGAGCCAAGAAUUUCCUUCCUGAAAUCGAUUGGGAUCAUGGGUUCCGAACGGAAGCAGAAAUGGUGGACUUUGUACAAUUUGUCAACAGGACUGGUAACAUAACCUAUGUUAACAACACUCGUGAUUACCUGGGAGGAAUCGCCUUCACUAAUAUGUUCCCCACAGGGGCUUUGCCUCGUGACAUUCGGUACAAGAUACGUCUUGAUUCAGUACCGAGGCUUUCUCAUUCACGAUUCCGCCUAAACCCAUUCAAGAUGGACACCAGUUGGUACACACAGUUUAUGUUUCCUGUAUAUCAACGAGUUGGACCCCGAGAGAUUAGCGAAAAAUGUGGAGGGUCACCAGGUUAUGUAAGAGAAGGAUUCGCAGCCCUCCAGACAGCCAUCAACAAAGCAGUGAUUGACCUCCAGGGGACCUUGAGUAACAGGAGUGAAUACAAUGGCGAUAUAGAGCUAGGAUUACGACGUCACCCUUACCCUCCUUAUAAUGACGACUACUUUGUCCUCGUUAUACAACAGCAGUUUCCACUCAUCAUCAUGCUCAGCUUUGUGCUUGUCGCUCUCAACAUUGUCAAGGACAUAGUUCAUGAAAAGGAAAAGAAACUGAAGGAGUCAAUGAAGAUGAUGGGUGUGAGUAAUUGGUUACACUGGUCUGCUUGGUUCACCAAGUAUUUCCUGUUCUUAUUGGUAACAGUGUCCAUCAUGACCGUAUUCUUCUGUGUCAAGACGUACAAGGGACGGGUCAUUGGUCUGACUGACCCCUCACUGCUUUUCGUCUUUCUCAUGCUGUAUGCUGUUGCAACAAUUUCAUUCUGUUUUGCUAUCAGUGUCUUCUUCAAGAAAGCUAACUCAGGAGCUGCAGCAGGUGGCAUCCUCUUCUUUGUAUCCUAUAUACCCUACUUUUUUCUGGAGCCCCGCUAUAACACAUUUACCUGGGGACAGAAGAUAGCUGCAUGUGCUGUAUCCAAUAUAGCAAUGGCCUAUGGAGGAGCCGUGAUUGGCAUGUUUGAAGGCACAGGUACUGGAGUUCAGUGGGACAACUUCACCAAGGGUGCAUCAAUAGAUGAUGACUUUGCAAUGUCCCACAUUAUGAUAAUGCUGGUGGUAGACACAGUGGUAUACAGCCUCAUUACAUGGUAUGUGGAGGCCGUGUUUCCUGGCGAGUAUGGUGUCCCUCAGCCCUGGUACUUCUUUCUUACAAGGACAUACUGGUGUGGUACAUCAGCUGUCGAGGACAUUCCUGAUGACAAGAGAAUCUGUAUUGGCCAGGAUCCCGAUUACUUUGAGCCUGACCCCCAGGGCAUACCAGCGGGGAUACAGAUACGCAAUCUGAGAAAGGAGUUUGGUAAAGAUGAGAAGCGGAAUAUUGCUGUUGCUGGAAUGUCCCUGGACAUGUAUGAUGGCCAGAUAACUGUACUCCUGGGUCAUAAUGGAGCCGGCAAAACUACAACCAUGUCAAUGUUAACAGGCUUCAUCCCCCCGACAGGUGGAACAGCUUAUGUGAAUGGCUUUGACAUCAGAGAGGACAUUGCCAGUGUUAGGAAUAGCCUUGGACUUUGUCCUCAACAUGACAUUCUGUUUGAUACCAUGACAGUCGAGGAACAUCUCUGGUUCUUCGCUAAGCUGAAGGGCUGCCCAUCCAGUGAAGUAAAAGGUGCUGUGGAUGAAAUGAUCGAGAGUAUCAGACUGGAGAACAAGAGGCAUGUGAAGAGCAGCAAGCUGUCAGGAGGCAUGAAGCGCAAACUUUCUGUUGGCAUUGCUCUUAUAGCAGGGUCAAAGAUUGUGAUACUUGAUGAACCAUCAUCAGGGUUGGACCCAGAUGCCCGACGACAGAUAUGGACAGUUCUUCAAAAACACAGAGCAGGAAGGACAAUACUUCUAACCACUCACUUCAUGGACGAAGCAGACAUCCUGGGCGACAGGAUCGCCAUCAUGGCUGAUGGGGUUGUCAAGUGCUGUGGAAGUUCACUGUUCCUCAAAAACAAAUAUGGGGCGGGGUACCAUAUGGUGAUAGUUAAACAGCCAGAUUGUAAUGUAGAUAAUAUAUCCAAGUUGAUCAGGACAUAUGUACCGGCCGCCGAGAUGGAAAGUAACAUCGCAGCCGAACUCUCCUACAUACUGCAACAGGAGAGUUCCAGUAGGUUCUCGGACAUGUUCAAGGAUAUGGAGGCUAAUAAGGAGGAUCUGGGUAUUGCCAGUUAUGGGGCGUCAGUCACUACAAUGGAGGAAGUCUUUCUCAGGGUCGGGCACAGCAAUGACAGAUCUAUCUCAGACAAACUGAAGGGAAAAUUGACUGUCAACUAUCCACAGAAUGGCUUCAGUUUGGAUGCCUCAACCUCAUUCAGGCGAAGCAGUCAUAGCCUAGAUUUUAACAUUAAAUACAAUGUGAAUGGUAUGUUGACGAUUCAGCAGUUCUGGGCCAUGUUUGUAAAGCGAGCAAUCCACACAUUCCGUAACAAGCUGGUAACGAUAAGUCAGCUGGUGGUACCACUGUUCUUUACUCUUAUGGCUCUGAUUGUGGUGAAGACUUUUCCUGGUCCCGAGGACCUUCCCCCACUUACCCUCACACCAGACAGAUAUGGAGCCAACGACAUUGUGUACAGAGCGAGCCCGGGUAACAUUAGUGAGAACCUCAGUCAUUUCUACAGCAGUCAGUUUGAUCAAAGUUCUACAGAAACUGUGACUUCUGUCAAUGGUCAACCAGGAUAUAAUGCAACAUCUGACAUCAUAAAAUUUCUGGUGAAUACAGGAGAAAAAAGCAUUGGCCUGUACAACCUCCACUACAUGGUGGCAGCCGACUUCCAGCAGAUGUCAGGGUCAGAAAAGGUCAAGGCUACAGCUUAUUUCAAUGACCAAUCAUAUCACUCAUCAGUGAUAUCAUUGGCAACAGUUAGUAAUGCUGUGGUUCAGUAUGUCACAAACAGUUCUGGCUUCUCCAUCACCACAGUGAAUCACCCUCUCCCUCGCACCACUGAACAGAAGGUCAAACAGCAGAUAACGCAGGGUACGACUGGAUUCAUGGUUGCCUUCAAUGUUGUGUUUGGGAUGUCCUUCUUGGCCAGUAGUUUUGUUGUUUUCAUAAUCAAAGAGCGUGCCACUAAGUCUAAACACAUCCAGUUUGUCAGUGGUGUUCACUCCCUCAACUUCUGGGCCUCAACAUUUUGCUGGGACAUUAUCAACUACCUGGUGCCCAGUUUGUGCAUUCUAGUGACGUUUUGGGGGUUUGAUAUAGAAGCGUUUGUGACUGAUGACCACAUAGCCCACAUUCUGUUGCUGUUCCUGCUGUAUGGCUGGGCCAUGUUACCAUUCAUGUACCUCCUAUCCUUCUUCUUCUCCCAACCUGCCACAGGCUACGUCUGGCUUACUAUGUUCAACAUAAUUGCAGGAGUGGCAACAUUAUUAGCGGUGGGUAUCCUAGCGAUUCCCCAGCUGAACCUGGAGGACCUGUCCCAUGCCCUCGAGUGGGUGUUCUUGGUACUGCUGCCCAACUACUGUCUGGCUCAGGGACUGUCUGACUACUACGCAAACCAUGAAUAUCUGGGCAUCUGCCCUAACAUCACUGUCCUCUGUCCAGUCUUCCCUAACCCCUGUUGUGGAGCAACAACAGGCAGCUGUGGACCAAGUGGUUGUAUCUACUAUCGGAAUGACUUUCUGAGCUGGGACCAGGGUGGGAUAGGCCGUAUGUUGGUCUUCAUGGCUAUUCAAGGCGUGGUGUAUUUUAGUAUGAUCUUACUUCUGGAGUCAGGGCUGUUCCUUCGUUUCCUCUACCUCAUUGGCCAUCGUGACCAGCACAGGAGUAGAGCUGAAAGUGAAACUACACCCCUCCUCAUACAACAGGCCAAUACACCGAGGGCACGGCUAUACACAGAGAAUUCACUGGUACAAGAGGACACAGAUGUAGCGACAGAACGGGCCCGUCUGGCUAACACAGACACACAGCAGCUGUGUUGGGAGAACUCUCUAGUAAUGAAAGAGCUUACCAAGUACUAUGGGACCAAGCUUGCUGUUGACCGUAUCAGUGUGGGGAUUCCUCAGGGCGAAUGUUUUGGACUUCUAGGUAUUAAUGGGGCCGGAAAAACUACAACCUUCAAGACAUUGACUGGGGAUGAGAUCAUGACCUCAGGAGAGGCCUUUCUCAGAGGCUAUAGCAUAAAAAGUGAUAUUUCAAAGGUAAGGCAAAACUUGGGGUACUGUCCUCAGUAUGAUGCUCUGAUUGACCAGUUGACCGGCAGGGAGACGCUGUAUAUGUUCGCACGUCUCAGAGGUGUGCAGGAGUCACAGAUUUCUGAUAUUGUUAACAGUCUCCUGGACAUCCUGCUACUCACACCACAUGCUGAUAAGCUUGUAAAAGCAUACAGUGGAGGCAACAAACGGAAGCUGAGUACUGCCAUAGCCCUGGUGGGUAACCCACAAGUGAUAUUCCUUGAUGAGCCAACAACAGGGAUGGACCCAGUAGCCAGGCGCUACCUGUGGGACACACUUUCAAGUGUGAGAGACUCAGGGAGGACACUAAUACUCACCUCACACAGUAUGGAGGAGUGUGAAGCUUUAUGUACCAGGCUGGCCAUCAUGGUGAAUGGUCAGUUUAAGUGUUUGGGCAGUACUCAGCAUCUGAAGCACAGGUUCGGUGAGGGUUACACCCUACUGGCUAGAGUUGGAUAUACCCCGGAGGGAGACCUGGCACCAGUACGUCCACUCAUGUCUUACAUUGAACAAAACUUCCCUGGUUAUGAACUAAAAGACAUCCACCAGGGGUCACUCCACUACCACAUCAACAAUCGGGAACUCUCCUGGGCAGACAUCUUUGAGCUUAUAGAGGCAGCGAAGAUUCCUUACAAUAUUGAGGACUACUCUGUCAGCCAGACAACCUUAGAGCAGGUGUUUAUUAAUUUUGCAAGGUCACAGCUUCCUCCUCAAGAGGAAGAGGAAAGUCUAUGUCAUCGGAUGUGUCUCACUUGUCGUCCAGUUUGUUGUGUAUCAGCAGUUGACAUAGACUCCUGAGAUUGAUUUUAUAAUAGCACUGUUAAUCAGCCCAUGUAUACAGAUAACUACAGAAAUGGGUUAGACUACAUGAUACACUGUUCUCCUUGAUAGUAUAUUUCAUUAGUUUGCUGCCAACUUGUCCUGUGAUAAAUACUUGUAGCAAUUAUUAAGUUUGAUGCCAUUACAAAUGUUGUCUUUUAUUAGUAUUACUUGGUCAUCAUUUAGUCCGUGCAGAACUACUACACUUGUAGAGUGAUUUUAUCUGUACAUAUGUACAUGCACCCAUUCCAUUUCAUUUAAUGAAGCUAUGAUGAUUUCUAUUUUUUACAAUAUAUUGUUUUUAUAUUUCAGAGUAUUUUAUUUUGAAAAUGUGUGGUAUUAUAUAAAUUGUGUUGUGUA